AUGACCACUGGCUCUCAGAGGUUGAGCUGUGAAGCCAUGGAAAGCCUGCUGCCUGCCUCCGGAUCCACUUUCCGGUUGAUCCUGGAGCACCUGCAGGGUGUUCUCCUGGUGGUUUCGGAAAGCUUGACUAACGUCCCGGGUCCCCCUGCCUUUCUCUGGGAGAUCCUGGUAUGUGCUGUGAUGAUAGUUGUGAUAGUGAAGAGGCGAUACACUUCAAAGAGUGCGAAGUUGCUGGGCCAAAAGAGUUCUGCCCACGAUGAAGUCUGUGGACCAUGCGGUGAGGAUGAGAAUGCUGGACCAAUGGCACAAGCUGAGGAAGCCCUCAGGUCCCCUGGGCUGGAGGCUAGUCCUCCCAGGUUACAAACCCUAGGUCAGUCGGCCAUGAGUGCAAUGCGGAGCAAGUCCUCAUUUCGGGACAAUGAUGACUUGCUGAAAAUGGGACGAGAGAGUCAGCCUCCUCGGUUUUCCCAAGUGACCGAUGGGAAACCCAUCUCAAAAGCAUCAAGGAAGAGUGGGGCCCAACCUCAGACGAAAAUGGAUGAUUCAAAGAAGACCACUCAUUUUCCAGAAGGUUCAGUUCUGCUCGCCCAAGAAAUUGCUAGAUGGCAGAUGAGAGUCCAGAAAAUGAAGGAGGAAGAAAGGUUGGAGCAGUCCAAGUCACAGAUGGGACAAGUCCUGAAUGGUAAGAUUACUACCUUGCUUGAGCCGCUCGGACAUUACAUGGAUGAUGGGAACCCCAGGGUCCCACGAAAGAAGGAAGCAGAAUAUGGUACUCCAUCCAUCCGUCGGUCAGAAGCUGAUAGGAAAGGUGUCAUUGGUGACGCUGACUUCAGUGGGUCCCUUUGGAGUCCUAAAGAAAUAGCCCAGCCACUGUGGGAAGAAAGACAAAGCAAUGAAGAGCUUUCAGGACAGAUAUCAAGUCUUGAAGCAGAAGAAGCAUCUCUGCUGGGUGAGAAUUCACAGCUGGAAAGAGAGAUUCGGCGGCUAAGGCUGAAGCUUCAAGUUCUGCCCCAAACGUUUGAAGAUCACAUAGCACAACUUCAGAAAAGAUGUCUUGAGGAGGAACUGAGCUGCUUAAACAUGGAGAAGAAGCUUGGCAGCGUGUGUAAAGCUGUGAAAUCUUUGAGCGAGGAUCGUGACCUCUAUAAGAGGAUGGCGGAGGACCUGGGCAAAGAACUGAUGAGAACAAACUGCUACCAUCAAAAGCAGAUCUGUGCCCAUGAGAAGCGAGCUCGAGCACUGGGGAUGGCAGCUGUGUCCACCCAGAGCAGGCUCAAGGAGCUAAGGAGAGAAAGUGACCGCAUGAGGCAGACGCUGGCCAAGCUCCACUGCAGGUUCCAGCCUUUCCCAAGGGGCCCUCACGCUCCUGCUGCUCCGCCCGCAGCCCACAGAGGCCCCAAAGGGUCAGGGCACCCCCCAGGUCCUCAGGCUCCCCAGGGAGCAGGAUGGUCAUGCGGAAACAUGUGGAUAGCAUCCUGCCUCACUGAGGCGUCCAGAAGCAGCCUCUGCGCUGUGAGUCGCCUCUCACAUCCCUCCAGUGGAGAGUACCCAGCUGCGCCAGGACCACCAGCCGACACCGCCAUCAGGGUGCAGAGGCUGCCCAGGAAGCCCCCAGUGAGAUGCCCAGAUGAGGAACGUCAGGCUGCCCAGGACGCAGCUCCCAGACAGCUCCAGGGCCCUCGGGAAGGGGAGGAGGCCAGGCUUAUCCGAAAGUCCUUCCGCUGUGCAAAGCCUGUCUCCUCUGCCGUUUUUAGCAGCGGCUUAACUCUGCCCUGGGCCUCCUGCGGUCAUCCCAGACUCUCCCUCCCCAUCGUCACUGGCGCCCCGCCGCCGGCUGACAGCCGGCCCGCUUCCCUGACAUUGUGA